AUUUGAUUCGACUUUUCUUGCGUCGCAUAUUGUAAACACAACUUCGGGCGAAUAACUACUUUUUGGCGACGUAAGAAAAUUCAUGUAAAUGUUAUCGAAUUCGUUAAUUAAUGCCGUCAUCCGUAACAUGAAUCAAGGAAACUCUUCAAUUCAGUCGAGAAAAAGAUUUUCAAAAAAUUCCUUAAUUCCGUCACACGACAGCAAUUGCAAAUUGAAGACAUUGCCCUCGUCAAAAUGCAUAUCGGAUACAACGAGAGAUCUAUCGGAAGAUAGUAAAAUGCUUGGUUAUGGCAAAUCUUCGACUCGAGUUAAUAAAAUGGUUUCCAAUGCGAAUCUCUCUGCGAGAAAAUUGUGGAACAGUUCGUCCAAAAUGACCAGAAAUUCCAUCGCUGUAAAUGACGUAAUCGAAGAAGAAAAUGAGCUUAUUGGCAUGUUGAUGAAAAAACUGCAUUUAGCUGAAUCACAAAUACGAAAAACACAGUGUGAUUUGACAAAAGCUGAGGAAAGCUUGCGAACGAAGGAUCAGGAAAUUGGACGCUUAAAGCGGAAGAUUAAAGAUUGGGAAUCUAAAUACAAGAAUCAGGAACUGCUACGAAAGAAAGAACAACGAAGUCAGGCUAAUAAUUCCGAAUAUUUCUAUCAACGAUGCCUAACGCUAGAACAUAAGAUCGUCGAGAUAGAGAAAUUCUUGGCGGAUUAUGGAUUAAUAUGGGUGGGUGAUUCUAAAAAUGCAACAAACGUAAAUGGUGGUAGCAAUAAUUAUAUCAACGCCUGUUACGAACAGUUAAUUGCGAAUAUCGAUCAGUUGAAUCUAGCUGCAGGAAAGGGUGAAGUUCACAUUCAUCAUAACGAGAAAGGAGGAGGAGCUACAUUCAAAACUCUUUCCUGCUUGGCAUUGAAAAUUUAUAAAAACGGUAUGAGAGUCAAUGGUGGACCAUUACGAUCUUACGAUGAUCCGACUGCAAUCUCGUUUAUCCGUGAUAUUUUGGAUGGAUACUUUCCAUCUGAAUUGCAACAAGAAUAUCCGGACGGAGUGCCCUUUAUGAUAGAAGAUCAUAGAACAGAAUUGCACAUAGAGGAUUCUACUAGCUUUCCUGGUCAAGGAUAUCGGUUGGGAAAACAAUCUCCAGUAGAUAACGUGUUAUCGACAAAUUCAUGCAGAUCAAAUAAUGUUUACCAAAGAUCUACUCGUGCAAACCUUUCGUCAAAAGAUAGCACUUCUGAGAACAUUCCGCUUUUAUCACUUCCAAGCCGCUUAUUGGAUCCUAAAACCUCUUCGGAAUCGUCUUCUGCCGACUUAUUUUCUUUAAGAUCACAGAUUUUGGCUUCGCAUAAUAAUGUCUGCUCUAAUUCUCACAUUCAGUCUCAUAUUAAUGCUGAAUUAGCACGAAGCAUUCGACACGAGAAAAGAGAAUUGGCUACGAAAAAUAUGGAAUUUGACAUAUCGAUGAACGGGCAGUCACCUAGGUCGAAAGAAACCUUGAGUUACUCUACAAGUAGCAGCAGAACGAGAAAUCAUUGCCUUUCUGAUAGAUCGUCAUCAAGGCCGAAAAUUAAUGAUAGUCGCCUUCGAUUACGUUCAAAAUCCGCGAGUUCGUCUGGAGGGCGACUGGGUGUCAGUACGCAAUCGGUAUUACGGUCAAAAGCGUUAAGCACAGCGGAAAUCAAUAAUAUUGGUGAGCUCAAUAAGAUUGCUAAUCUUGUCUCUGAAUGUUUAGAGACGAAACAUCCUCGAGGUUCAAAAUCGGCUACUUGCGCAAGAAAGUGUACGCCUCCGUUAUUGCGUCAGGUUAAUGAAGCGACUAGAAAACCUAACGAGUUGCGAUUGAAAGUUAGAUCGUUAACCGGUAGUACUAUAUAUUUGGUGCAUGUGUUGGCCGAUGAACCGGUGACAAAAUUAUAUGAAUUACUUGACAAAGCUAUGCAAACGUCCGGGCAUAGAGAAUAUAAAGUAGUGCUGAGCGGAUAUUCGCCGAAGAGAUUGCAACGUGUAGAUACAUCCUUAAAAGAAAGCGGAAUUAACAGAGAUUGUGUUCUCCAUCUUGUGACCGAUUGAAUAUUUAUCAGCUCGUGAAAAUAAAUUUUAUAUAUCCAUAUGUUGUGUAAAGACAAAUACGUAGAAAUAUGUAAUAUUUUAGAAUCUUUGAUAUGUAAAUUUACAAAUAAAACAUGUACGGGCAAUUAA